GCCAGAUUGGACAGCCAGGACCAUGCGGGGGCAUGGGACUCAGAGUUGAGUAUUACUGGUGUUGUAUAUUCCUGGUGGAGGAUGCCGCAGACGCUCUGUCAGACAAGGACUUGGACGACGGCGGUGACGGCGGUGUCUCGGACUCGACUUCAGCCAGUUCGGCGCCGCGCUGUUCGGCAACAAGGCUGCGGCCACGAACGCGGCCCCUCAGCCCCCUCAGCCCUCAGCGGGAUGGGGCCCUCCACCGGCAGCCCCGCCGCCGCCACCAGCAGCAGCAGCAGCACUCCAGCGCAGGGCAGCAAUGGCAGCAGCCUGAGGCCGGAUCUCUUGCUGCGGUCAAGCAUCGUGGAGAAGCCGCCCAGCUUCAAGAAGUCCGGCGGCGGGAACAUGUCGAGUCAGGCGCUGUCGGGCGGCAGUGGCAAGCGGGCCGGCGCUGUGCGCACCAUGCUGCGCGUGAAGAGCCUGGAAGAGCAGGUGGCCUCGCUGGCCAAGCAGUCCUCCACUGCCUACAGGUGGCCCGGCGGCGCCCCCAACGCGAGCCGGCCUUCCGCCAAUGUGCGGUGACUGCGGCGCGGGCAGCACGCUCCGUGCUGCGACAUCAGCGACGCGUCGCGCUGAUGCAAGUUUUGGUUGGCAGGCUGCUUUGCACAGCGGCUGCAUACUUCUUCUUUUGGCAAACCUAGUGCCGCAGUGUACAAUCAUGGGAGUUGAGUUGAAUGAAGUUCUCUUUUGUUGAGACUGAGAAUGCGACAAUAAAUAUGGUCUUUGUGUGCAACUGCUGCAAAGGCGACUGUGGCUGUGGCCAACUCUUGCGUCGGCCGAAUCGAGAUCUAUUGCAUCCGGAUCUGUGGCGGUGGUGCAUCAGUGAUUGGCUUGUAAAGCACUGAUGCACUU